AUGUCUACUAACUCCGUGCGGUCCGAAGCGCUCUUCACAAAAUGCUGCUGCUGCAUUCCUCUCAGGACUGGGUGUUUCAUUUUGGGAUACCUAAAUUUAGUCUUCAACACCUUCCACACUCUUGCUCUUCUCACGCUCACCACCUACAUCGGCAUAUCUACCCACGGCUUUGAUCACUUUGACUCGGAUGGUCCUCAUGAAGUUCUCAACGAGGUUCCCAAUAUCGAGUCGGUUGAGAAACCAUUCCUUAACCAGAUUGGAGUUUUGCUCAUGGUUGUGCUGUGCGCCAACGUCGCGUGGCUCAUGAUCAACGUCGCUUGUCUCGUGGGACUGCAUAAGAAACGCCCCGGUCCCAUCCGCAUCUACGUGGGCUUCGCUACUGGCCGCUUGCUGCUCUCUCUAGCUGGCUUCGUGUAUCUCGUCAUGACUUCCAGUGCCACUACUCAUACCAUCGUCGCUCAUAGCGCUGAUAUUGGUCUUGCAGCGUACUUCAUUCUCGUCUAUUACAUCUAUGCAGUCCAGCUGGAGAGAGAACUGGCCGAGACCCAGGAGCGACCUGAAAUGACAGCCAGCGACAUUGCCUUCAUCUAUCCCACCAAGUCUGACAAACAGAGUCUUGUGCUUGCGUAGUCAGUUAAUUUCGUGAUGUUCACAUUAUUGACUGUCAUUAUUUUUAUCGUCUUAACUUAUUAUCCUAUUUACAUAACAAGAAAAAAAUAUAUCAGAUAUUGUUGUGACAC